UUUAACUCCAAAGUAAAACUUUGAUUUCCAUUCCUUUAAGUAUUACGCUAAUUGGUGGUGUACAAUUAUAGUUACCGAAGGAACGAAAGAAUUCGUAUGACAAAUUGCGGUAAUCGCAUAACCUAAAUAGAAUUUCAUUAAUCAAAAUAAAGUAUGUUCUCACCGAAGCAUAAUGUGAAAUCGACGUUACUUUGUGGACCGGCAAAAUUAAGCAAAUCUUUUAUGUUCGAGGCAGCAAUUUACUGGGCCGAAGAAGGACGCCGUGUCGUUUACAUUACACCAGCCCCGUUGGAUAGCCUGCCGGCGGCCUGUCACGACAGAAGCAAUCCAGCACCCGCGGCUUUCAAGCUGAUGAGAUUUAUGUACUUGGAGAACUACGAGGCGCUCAUGGGAAGACUGGUCGAAUUGCACACAUUCGCCACUCUGCCAUCGGUCCUCUUAAUCGACGAUCUCGACGCUUAUAUUAAGGAUUACAAAAGCACAGAGGCGAUGCAAGAUCUGCACAUUGCUAAAACCUGCGCGAUGAUCCUCGACACCAUGAACGCGUGUUCGCGAAUUUUGAAACAAACCGCAUACGUGUGCGCGUGGUCGUCUUCAGCGAUGAACCAUAUAAGCAUCUACUCAGUGUACUUUUUCAACAUAUGGAAUGUCACGGACGAAGAGGAUAGUCGAACGAUAUUAUUAGAAAAAUAUGGACGUCAAACGUGUGAAAAGUGUCCCUCAUAUAGAUACUGCAAACUUCAAGAUGGAACGCGAGUUCUGAAGCAGAUAUUUUACGAGACUGUUGAAAGUUAG